AUGCCUGUGUCCCACUCUUUUAUUAAAUCUGUGGUUGCAGCAGUCGCAAUUGCGAAACUGGCUGUUGCAUUACCCACUGUACCCAGUCAAGGCGUCGUGGUUGACCUCAACUCGUACGCCGUUCUGGGGCCUAGCGGUUCUUUCAAAAACUCUGCAUCUGGAUUAUUCAAUCCAACAUCUACAACUGCACCAUUCUUCCAAAUAUUCGAUGACAGAUUCCUCGACGUCAUUGGCGAGAACCCCAUCUUCAGAGUUGUCUCUUCAGACACGUCCGUUCUUUCGUAUGCUCGGGAGGCGCCAGUUUACGUCGCGUCUACCGACGAGCUCUUCUUUGCUGGUUUCGACCCCACAGACAAUGUGGUAAGCAAAAUCAGCUUGGCUGCUAUCGAGACAGCGAUAGCUGGCUCCCCAGGAUCAAGUCCGCUAAAUGUUGCUGGAACACGCUUGAGCUUAUCAUCUUCCCUUCAAGUCGUUAAUGGUGGAACCGGGCCUUACAACGGAAAAAUCGUUUUCGUCACACUCGGUAGUCCCCUAGCACCCCCAGCACUGGCUCUCGUUGAUUCAACCCCCCCUUACGCCACCACGGUCCUUUUGGACAAUUUCUUCAGCCGCCCUUUCAAUUCUAUCAAUGAUGUCAAGAUUCAUCCUACCUCAGGAAAAAUAUUUUUCACAGACCCUUCUGUUGGAAAUCAAGUUGGACUUCGCCCCGCACCUUUGUUGAAGAACAAUGUCUAUAGAUUUGACCCCGACACAGGUGAUAUUCGAGCUGUGGCUUCCGACCUCCAGGCUCCCAACGGAAUUGCCUUUUCUCAUGAUGGAAGACAUGCCUAUGUGUCGGAUACUGGUGCUUUUGUCAGUCUGACGGAAUUGGACCCCACUCGCGCUGCUACAAUCUACAAAUAUGACUUGGAGCAUGAGUCCCAGGCGUUCACCAAUAGGCGUGUGUUCGCAUAUGCGGAUACCGGAAUUCCUGACGGUCUUCAGCUCGACGCUUCCGAGAAUCUGUAUGUGGGUGCCGGUGAUGGCGUGCACGUUUACGCUAACGAUGGUACCCUGAUCGGCAAAUUCUUCACCGGAACAACCGUGGCCAAUAUGGUCUUUGCCGGUAAUGGGCGCUUGCUGCUUCUUGGCGGUGCCGACCUGUACUAUGUUAAGAUCGCUGCCAACCCUAUCAAGAUAUCUUACCCUUGA